AUGCUUCUCGAUGAACGGGGUGCGCUGGUUGGCGGGGUAGCAGCGGUUGGCGUGGUAGUCCCUGGCGCAGGUCUCGAUCUCCUCGCGGAGCCGGGUAGUAUGGACGAGCACUUGGUGGUUGAUGCCGGCGCCCAAGAUAGCAACGAUGAAGCCAACCACAAGGAGCGGAAGGUCACGAUCCGCGCCUCACUGUCGUCCGCCAACGGGAUCAACGCCAGCUCGUCCUCCGACGAGACUUUCAAAGGCUGGCUCGGGUCUAAUUCUUUGUGCACCAGGGUUCCGGAGCAUGAGCUCGGCGGCGCCGGCCGGCCAGCUUUCUCCCCCGGCGUCACGUCCCCUCCAGCCUCCGCGCGCUCCUCGAUAAUCUUCUUGGCCGGCUUCUCCCCCACCUGCUCGCUUGCCGUCCCCCAUCCUGCGCGUCAGUUGGCCCCGACUGUCUUCCACUAG